GUUUUUCUUCCCUUUCUUUCAACUCGUUAUUAUAUAUCCAUCUCGUUCUAAUUCUGCUGCAGAGAACAAAUCUGGAUAUUUCUCUGCGAAUUCUGAAGCUGAUGAAACGUGUUGGAAUUUUCUCGAAUUUUACGGAAAGUGGAGAGAAAACAGUUUUCGUACAUAUAUAAUAUUUUAUAUUUUUUCAAAAACUCAAUAGAAAAAAAAAUUAAUUAAUUGUGAAAUAGAGAUGUCACAAGAGACUUUGUUGAAUUGUUAUCAUCGCGGUUGCGGAAAGAAAUUCGACCCCAAUGAUAAUAAGGAUGAUGAUUGCGUCCAUCAUCCUGGAUAUCCAGUGUUUCACGAUGCUUAUAAAGGAUGGUCCUGCUGUAACAAAAAAUGUACAGAUUUUACAGAGUUCUUGAACAUUAAAGGUUGCACGAAAGCAAAGCACUCGAAUGAGAAACCACCAGAACCAGAGAAACCAUUUGUCGACAAAUCCAAGGUUAAUGAAGUGAUAGAAGUCAUUCCGAAGCCUGUGAACAAUGGAAUAUCCUUACAAAGACCUCCCUUUGAUGUUCCUCAACUCACACUAUCGCCAACAAUAUCUCCCGCUCUGUUGGAACAAAUUAAAGGAUUGACAGUUACGGAGACUGAUAAGUCAACAGAGAGCGAAAUACAAAUAGGACAAAAUUGUAAAAAUAAUUCGUGUAAGGCGUCUUACCUAGGGACUACCUCUGAUGAAGAAACUUGUCGUUAUCAUUCGGGAGUACCUAUAUUUCAUGAAGGGUUGAAAUAUUGGUCCUGUUGUAAAAAAAAGACAACAGAAUUUUCUGUAUUUUUGGACCAGCCAGGUUGUACGCAAGGCAGACAUGUAUGGUUUUCUAAGAAUACUGGGAAAAAGGCUCAAUGUAGGAUGGACUGGCAUCAAACUGGAGCAUACGUAGUUGUUUCUAUAUAUGCGAAGAAAUAUCUGCCUAAUCAGUCUGUUGUAAAAUUAAAUCCUAUUCAUUUGACUGUAGAUUUAUUCUUUAUAGAAGAAAACUCAAGAUACAAUCUUGAUGUAGAAUUGAGAGGAAUUGUGGAUAUUGAGCAAAGUAGUGUAAAUAUGCUGCCAACCAAAGUAGAAAUCAAAUUAAAGAAAGCUGAACCUGGUUCAUGGUCGAAAUUGGAUAUUCCUAGAGAAGUACAGACGGAAAUUUCUAAAACCAAGGAAAAUGUUGCCAAUCUUAAUACACAGAUUGAAGCUGUGGAUCUUAGCGACCUUUAAACAACGUAAUUUGUAAUUGUUAAAGAAUUUAUCAGUUAAAUGGUACAAUUAUAAUAAUUUAUCUUUUCUCUCUGAUAUGAUUUGUGGAAAUUAAGGAAAGAAUAUUAAACAAAUUUUUUUUUUCAACUUGCACAAGUUAUAUCAAAAACGUUAAUUAUUACAAUUAUACUAUUUAAGCUAAACAAUUUUUAUGUAAAAAAUUUUGUGUUGACCAUUCUUGUCAACAUAAUUUUUUAGUAAAAUUAUGGUAAUUGAAA